GAAAUGGUGAACAAACGGGGAGGAAAUGGAAAACAGGAGGAUAAAUCCACUGAGGAUGAAUACCCAGAACGACAAAAUGAGAAUAUUGCUGAACCGAGACUUGGAGGGUUACAACAAUUAUAUCAAUGUCUGGCUACACUUACUACACUAAUCCAGACUCAGAUACCAGGAUUAACUAGAAACCCAGAAAAUACACUUAUGCAGUCAGAACAGGUCCAAGGAGUGAGGAAUGUAGAGAUUCCUCCAGUACCUAAUAUAAUUUGA